UCAGCGACUUACAAGCGGGACUGAGGUGGGCAUUCUGACACCAGGGGGGAACUGACUUGGUGUCACUGACAUCCCCAGUGACACCAAUACAGUGAUCAGUGCUAAUAAAAAGCACUGACACUGUACUAAUAGCACUGGGCAUGAAGGGGUUAACAUGUGGGGCGAUCAAAGGGUUAACUGUGUGUCAUUUUACUGUGUGCUGUUUUACUGUGUGCUUUUUACUGUGUGUGUGUGUGUGCUUCACUUUAUGCAGAGCAAUACAAAGCAGCGUGCUGGAGCUGACAGGGGAGAGAUCUAUAUUGUUUACAUACAGACCUCUCCCCUGUCAGUGAUACUCGGCAAUCGUCAGGUGCCGGCAGGGAAU